AUGGCCGUCAUCAUCUACUCCAUCACCUUCCUUCUGGGCCUCCCUUCGAACAUUCUAGUUUUUUUUGUUUAUGUUAGAAAAGCUCGCAAACACGGUGCCACACCCAACGUCGUCUACGCACUAAACCUGUGCGUUGCAAACCUGGUUCUUGUCGCCUGGUUGCCCGUCAAAGCUUUUGAAACUUUACUCAACAACUGGAAACUACCAGAUCUUGUUUGCCCGAUUUUUAACUUUUUCUUGUUUUCAUCCGUGUAUGGAAGCUGUCUCUUCAUUACCGCCGUCACUGUUGGACGUUAUCUUAGCAUAGCGUUUCCAAUUAUUUACAAACUGUACCGGCGUGCGACGAUUUCCUGCUUUAUUAGCGCCGCUUUGUGGGCUGUGGUUUGGAUUCAUUUAAGUAUCGGACUUGUGGCCGAAGGUGGCGCAAACUUUAUUUCCGUUGAAAAUGACAUUGUGGCUUGCUAUGAUUCUUUCAACGUCACGCAACUGAAAGUGCUGCUACCGCUAAGACUCGAAAUGGCGAUUGUUUUGUUCAUAGUUCCAUUAAUUCUAACAUCUUUUUGCACUUUGCGUUGCGUAGUUCUAGUUUGGCGUUCAAAUCUUCGUCCGCUAGGAAAAAAGCGGUGUUUAACGGUGGCUUUGUCGACGCUUGCUGUUUUUAUCGUAUGCUACGCUCCAUACAACACAUCGCACAUCGUUGGAUUUAUUUUGAGCAAGAAUAUUCAGUGGAGAAGUUUGGCGAUGUUAACCAGCUUGUGUAACGUUUUCUUGGAGCCGGCGGUGAUGCUGAUGCUAUCACCAGCAGUUUCCAGAGGCAUCAUGGGAAGGAUCUGUGGAAGGCAAAGUCAAUUUAGUCGGAUUGAAAGAAUUCCCAAGCAAAGUGUGAUCAAAAAUAAAGAAGCGAACAGGCCAGAGAAGAGAUCGGAGAAGGUCAAAGGAGCUGGCAAAGAGUUUGAGGACAUCCGGGAGCGAGAAGGACAAAACUAA